AUGCAGCAACCGCGCGAGCUGCGACCCAAGCGCGCGCUUCUCGCUCUACUGCAGCGACUCAACGAUUGCGUGAGCGUCUCCGCGCGUCGACUGCUUACGCAGCAGCUUCCAUCCUCCACCCUGCUGCAGCUCCCACGGUCUGAGCUCCAGCAGCUCCUCCCCGAGCUCUGUGCCUUUAUCCACUCGCUCCUGCCAUCAUCCAGCACUACUAACAAUAAUAGUGACAAUACAGCGACCAUUAUUCCACCGCUUCCGAUCGUAAGACGCGCUUUUUCGCACCCAGACGCCCAGUGGCUCAGUCGCAGUGCACGACAGAGCGGCAUCUCGGCGCUGCUGUGCCAGCAACUCGUGCGUCUCGCCAGACUGGACCAGAAGCGUAACCCGCAGAGCAAGACAGACCGAGACCGUGCCGUUGAUUGGUCAAUGGAAACGCUUGUGACGCACAUUUUCCUGGACGCACUGCUGCUACCUUGUGCUCAGCGACUUGGUCAAGCCCCGGACGCCUGUAAAUGGCGGCCGCUGCAGCCCAAGCCACGGUUCCAUGCAAUGACGUGCUUUCCAGUGUGGUCUUCUCUUCUGCCGUUUGCGGCUCAGAUGGGUAUUCGAUUCCCAAAUGAGUUCUUACAGGUACUAGAGGAACACUGGAAGAUGGACAAGACACGCACGCGUCGCGUGCAUUGUGAGUUUGCGCUCGUGACUGGCACGUGGAGACUCGUGGAUGAAUUGGAUCGAGGAGACAAGGAGAAGCAGCUUGCCGUGACAGCAGUGAUGGUGAAAGUGUUGAGGGUGGUCAGUGACAAGCUACUUGCUUGCACGAAAAAUGGAAAAGCAGGAAACGAACUGCUUGGCUUGCACCUUGACGACCAGCUCUUGGAAAAGUUUUUUGCUGGCAUGUCAGCGUUUUUGUGUAAAAGUGGACGAGCAGAUGCUGUGCUCAGACAGGUGCUUUUUGGUACAAUACAGGAGGUGCUGGUCUCAGGAGCAACAAGUGGUGUUGCGUCACAACACGUUGUCAUUUUCACGACUGCAGGAUGCAUGCUUGUAAAGGAUCUUGCAGCAGGUGUGAUCUCGAUGGUCGUGAAGCAUAGCAACGGUAUGAAAAGUCAUCAUGAUACAGCUUGGCCCUUGGCAUUUCUUGUGGGGUUCAGUGCUCACGUGGAUUUGGUGCCUCUACGAUCAGUGCUGGAGGUUCUGGAACUGCUAGUGAUGUCGUACAAAGCUGUGAAUCAAACUACCCACGACAUUGUAAAACAGCGGCAGCGACGUCUCGAGCUGGUAUUUUAUAUCACGUAUGUGACGUUGCACCGUUGCAAAAGUGUCGAUUUGUUACGCGAAGACGUCAGUUCCGAUGCAGCUGCAGUACUGGAACUCGUGACGGAGUUUCAAAUGCAGCUGUGCAGUGAAUUAUCGUACGAGGAUUUUUACAAUGCAGCUCCAGUGCACUGGACGGCUCAGGUUUGGAAGCAUUGGGUCUUUCUGUCCGACGAAGACGUUCAGACGUUUGUGUCCGAAGCUCACAAAAACGAUGUGGAUUCUGAAGUAGAUGUUAAGAAGCGAGUAGCGACGUGGUGUACGUGGGAGGCACAAGUUGCUGUUCGGCCGUCCUUGUUCUUCCAUUUUCCACUAAUGAAAGUGCUAGUGAACCCGCACUUGAUCUCGUCUGCGCCACUUAUUGAACCGGAUGACGAUGAUGCGUUCAUUGUGAAAGCACGAAAACGUCGGCGAAUUGAAAAUGUGCAUGAAUCUACUGUGGAUCUUGACCUGGUGGAGCGUAGUUUCGAUGUGCUGCUUCAGCCUGAUGCACUAGAACGCGUAUGUUCCUUUAUGAGUGCAAAACGGCUUUGCCGCAUGGCUCUCGUGUGCCGUACUUUUGCAGAGGUUAGCCACCGUGGAUCUCUAUGGCGCCCACUGUACUUGCAACUCGGUUGCUCCACUCACGACAGACCUCGUGUUCUACCUGCUCUGCCUGUCCAGUGCCGUCACGGUGACCGGUACGAGCACAAGUGGCGUCAAAUGUACCAGGACCGCUGGAAAGUACUGCGAAAACUACGUCGCGUGCAGCGUCGCGUAAUUACAGCAAACCACAUCAGCGAAGACCGAACAAACGGCAAUGAGGCGCGGCUCCAUAGCAGCAGCUCUACAUUCCUGCCGCUGAUCUGCUCGUGUUGUGGCUGCAACCAGGUGCUCAAGUCGGCGCGUGAUCACGACGUCCAUAUGACCCAACACAAGCGCUUUACGUGCUUGGAACCUUCGUGCCAAGCGUCGUUUACGAACCUGCACAAGCUCCAACAGCACGUGAAAACGGAUCAUGCAAGUCAAGGUGCAUCAGCUCGUCGCCUCGUCUGUAACUACAACGGUUGCACGAAAAACUACUUGUCCGUGAAGCGACUUGCGACGCACUGCAAGAAAACCGGCCACUUGACAUUGAGCAUAUCUACUAUGACGACAUGCUCAAGGAAGUCAUAA